UAUGUUUAAAACUGUAGUCCCGCCUUUUCCGCUAAACUGGAGUCAAGAUCUGCCAUGAAUGACAUAAGCAGUGUGAAGCUGCUGGGGAUGAGUGAGAUGUAGCCGUGAGGAAGAAGGCUCUCCGUCACUGCUGAAACCAGGGAGAUACCGUAUUUGCAUCCAAAUGGCUGCUUCCGUUCUCCAGCAGUCUCCCACCUCUCCUUUGCGCUCACUUUCUCCGCUCAGCAAGUCUUUUCCUCAAAUCCCUUGUCCAAGACAAAGACGACACGGAGGAAGAGACAAGAGUCGAUGGAAUACUGCAAGUCUAACUGGAGACGAUUGGAGCUCUUACAGCCUUUCUGCUGCUACCAGCCACAUUCUUCUCCGAUCUAAUCACGAAUCGAAUGGAAUAUCAAUGGAUGAUACAAAUCAGUCUCUACCUCCCUAUGUUCGCAGCUCAAACAGAGCUGUAUUGACGGUCAGCACCAAUAAUAGUAAGAUUUUAAUGGCUAAUGAUAAAGCCUGCAGGCUGUUUGAAUACAGCAGUCCUGAACUGAUUGGAAUGAGUCUUUCUCAAAUCAUCCCUGUAUCCAGCCACAGAGUUUCUGAGGCACUUCAGGAUGAACUUAUGGAGGCUGAUGGAUUUUCACGGGUACCUGGAGAAGUAGUUGAAGCUGUGCGUCGUGGUGGAGAGACAGUCACACUGUGUAUGUGGAUACGCAGAAUACAGAAUCAAUGUCUUUUAUUACUAGAGACUGUGCAACAAAUCACAGCUACUGUAUCAUUCCAACAGGAUGGAAGGAUUCUGUCCUGUGAUCCUACCUGUGCACGUCUCUAUGGAUAUAUGGAACCUGAAGAGGUGUUGGGGCAGCACAUAACAGAUCUGCUGCCAACUGUUAACAUGCCACCUCAAGGAAGAGAGAUACCACAGAAUUUAAGAUGUCAGGGACUAGUCGGUGUAACACGUGAUGGUGCCAAUUUCCCUCUCAGUCUGAAUUUAUCGGAAGCUUCUGUUGAUGCAGGUUCCCAUGUGAAAGAAUACUGUGCCAGCUUAAAUAUCCUUUCCUCAAUUAAUGGGCUUAUCACCCUGUAUCCUGAUGGAUCUAUUCGGGGCCUGAAUGGAAGUUUCUCAAAUUCUUUGUUUGGAUAUGAACAAUCGCAGCUGUUGGGGAAGAACAUCACUUUUUUAAUACCAGGAUUCUAUCAUUACAUGAAGAGUGUAGGAGAUGAGCCUUCACCACUGCUUACUCCUCUGGGUGAGACCCGAGACAGAUCUGAAUCCAGUGAAAUGAUCAGCAGUGAUGCAACUAAAGAAAAGUCCAAUGAACAUGAUGCAUUUCAUAAUCUACUUUCUGAUGUGAACUGGCUUCAACCUCCAGCCUGUUGCAUACUACAGACUCCCCAAACUUCAUCAGCCAGAUCAGGAAAUAGCCAGGAAAAGGCAAUUUCUUUAGCCCCAGCAGAAUAUUGCUUACAGCCUGUACCUACAUGCUGCAUUUCUCCUGGAACCCCUACACAGGAUGAGCCAUGGGAGGGAAGAAAAUAUGCAGGACAUGACCACGAUCUAGAAUCUGGCAUAACACCUCUAACACACUGCUUGAGGACUCUGAGCUUAAGCAGAAGCCACACGGAGAAGAAGGAAGUCCAAAAGCUUACCAACUCCAAUAUUCCCACGUUAGAAAAAGCCUUCCGUUCUGUGAUGUCUCCAUUUCAUUCUUCUGUAAAAGACAAGCAUCAGCCUCCUAAUGGUUUAGGUGUGUCUCCUCCAAUUACAGUGCAGGUUACCCGUCUACCAGAUAACCCAGCAUUUCUAACUGAGACCAUUUCCAUGAGCAAUGGCUGUCAUAAUGCACCCCAUCACGAAACACUGUUUUUACACGAAGACGUCACCCAUACUAUGAAUAAAACAAACGUGGCUCAGUCUAGACCCUCUGCUAAUAAUAAUUCUGAUAUCUCAAGUCCUUCACUAUGCCACCAUAGCCCAGUUUUAAAAUCUACAUUAGCUGUCCACGCAAAUAAUGCAGGGGCAAACACCAUACCUACUAGCCCCUUACAUAUUGAUUUUUCCCUCAGUCCGGUAUCAGCUGUGUCCUUUUCUGAAUAUAUAACGCAAAGCACAUCUGAUGCUUCUUGCUCUCCUGAUAAGACACAAACUAAAGUAGCUGCUGCCUCAUGUCCUAUUAAUACAGUUCUGAGCCCAUUGUCCACAGAUAAAGGUUCUGAAUCCCCUGUCAAUCUAUACAAUAGAAAUAGUCCAACACCCAGCCUAUCACCAUGUAGAGCCGAGGAACUGGAUGCAGACAACAGACUUCCAAGAGAAGAGUCCUCUCCAUCUCAGGUGACUUCAACGCCUGUAAAAGAUGACAGUGCCCAUUCUUCGCAAAUGGAAUCUGCUGACCUAAGUCACAAGGAGCUGCAAGUCCCAUUUGCUGGAGGUGAAAUACAAGAAGGAAUAUUCAAUGGCAGCUGUUACCACCGAGACGGCUCCAGACUUUUCAUUCAGUUUGACGUGCAGAGGACGGCUGGCUCCUACCUGUUUAAUGUUUGGGUGUCUAAAGAUCUGCUGCAAAGUCAGAGAGACGCUAUAGCUCGCACCAGGCUUUUGCUAUCCAGUUUUAAUAGCUCUUCUCAGUCUCUUCUAGAACAAUCAGAGCGCAGCCUGGGAGAGCUGAUCCGUAACAGUGCCAGCGCAGGUUACUGUACAGAGUUACAGGACCUCCAGAUUCUGGGUGCCUGCAAUGGACAGUAUGCCUUGAAAUACCAAACCCUUUCCCCUCUAGGAAAAGGAGCUUUUGGGUUUGUGUGGUCUGCAUGUGGCAAGGACAACGCUAAAGAGGAGGUUGUUGUAAAGUUUAUUCGCAAAGACCGAGUGCUUGAUGACUGCUGGGUACAGGAUCCUGAACUCGGACGGGUCACCCAGGAAAUUGCGAUUCUCUCACGGUUACAACAUCCAAAUAUUAUCAGGGUUGUGGACGUGUUUGAGAAUGAUAUAUUCUUCCAGCUUGUAAUGGAACUUCAUGGCGAUGCUUUGGACCUGUUUGACUUUAUUGACAGUCAGCCCAAUCUGGAUGAGCCACUAGCCAGUUACAUUUUCCGACAGCUUGUGUCAGCAGUGGGACAUCUCCACAAUCAACAUAUUCUGCAUCGGGACAUUAAGGAUGAAAACAUCAUUAUUGCACCAGACUUUAGUAUAAAACUGGUUGAUUUUGGCUCUGCUGCCCAUUUACAUCCAGGAACUCUCUUCUCCACAUUUUGUGGUACCACAGAAUACUGUGCACCAGAGGUGUUACUGGGAAAUCCGUACCCAGGUCCAGAACUGGAGAUGUGGUCUCUCGGUGUGACUUUGUACACCCUCGUGUUUGGGGAAAAUCCUUUCUGUGAAGUUGAAGAGAUAUUGGAAGCAGAACUAAACCCUCCAUUGAAUGUAUCACAAGAGCUGCAGAUUCUGAUAUCUGGUCUUCUACAGCGUGACCCAGAAAUGCGCAUGACUCUGGAUGAACUGCUCAGGGAUCCAUGGGUGACACAAGCUAUAAAUCUGGCAGAGUAUACGUGGGAGGAGGUCUAUCCACCUGCUAGCUCCCACAAAGAUGAUGAUGGAUCAGGGCUGUGCCCAGACAGUUAUAAAAGUGAAUGGAAAGAAGAAUUUGAAAAUAAUCCAGAGUGACUUGUGUAAAAUGUACCCUGAAUGAAUAGAAAGCUGAACUGAUCUAAAUGUGCCAUUGUAUCUUACAAGUCAUGUGCGGAAGAUACUAUAAAAAUAUGGUCCAGACACAACUCUACCCAGAAUUUACUGGGUAAUCUAUAGUACCUGAUGCUUUGGACAUUGCUAGGUUUCUCCAGGGUUUUGCUGGAUCUCUAAAGCAGGGAUAGACCACCUGUAACCCUCCAGCUGUUGAUAGAUUAUAAAUGUUGUAGUUCAACCACAGCUGAAAGACAGGAGGUUGUUAUCCUUACACUUGUGCGGCCACUGCCUAUAAGUGAUCUGUGACUCCUAUUGAUUCAAAGCACAAUUGGCUGUCACAGGAAUAGUAAUAAUACUUUCCAGCACAUUAUUCAGACUGAUAUCAGUUGCUUCCUAUCACACACAUUUCUAGGAGCUGCUGCAAAUGUAUAAACCAAAAAGGAGAAAAUCUAGGUCAUUUGUCAAUAACUAGGCCACCUUGCACAAAAUCAGAGAUCUUUCCUUUACUGCAUUCUUGUAGUUUUACUUUAAGGAGUUACAUCUAGGCACAGGUUUUAUGGUCCAUUUUUUCUGCUAAAGGAAUUUGAUGCAUUUCACAAAGAUUCUGUUGAUACAGAUUUUGUAUAUUGUUAUCUAAUCUGUGUCAUUCUGGUCCCAGCAUAGACCUAUAUAAGAUAUUGAAGUUGCUUUACUGUAAUAUUCUUUAUUAUAAUCCGCAGCAACAAUACAUCUGAGCACCAGCAUAUUCUGCUUUACACCGGCCCCUCUGACUAAUCCAAACAUUCCAUUACUGCACAGACAAACAUUUGGGUGAAUAUGGUGUCCCCCAAUCUAGGGAAGAGAAAGAUCUGUACCACCAGCAUAUUCUGCUUUACUCCAGCCGCUCUGCCCAAUCAAAACAUUCCAUUACUGCACAGACAAACAUUUGGGUGAAUACGGGGGGAUUUGUUCUCUGUGUAUAUCUACAUUUGCCUGCUUCCAUGUCACUUUUCCUCAGCCCCUGCCUGGUUGUGUUUCAGCAUUAGUUCUAUACACUGACCAUGUACUCAAGAUACUAACUGCCAGUUCUCAGUUCCUCUUGGGGAAUAUACAGUUAGUGCCAGUUAUAUGCAGAUGUGGCUAAACGUCUGUAAUCAUUGAGCAUUUACUGCACAUGGGAUGAAUUUCAACUAAAAAAAGCCCCAAAUCCGUCUCAUGUGCACUAACAGGCACUUGUUAAUGUGGAUCGGCCGUGGGGAGCUUUUGGAGUUGUUCAAAAUAACAAUAUUACUGACAGUUACAUAAUAUUUGCCUUCUAGUCUCUUUAAAUUGGAUUCACAUAUAAAAUCCACAUGUUGUCAGAGUAUUAAUGUACUAACCAGCAAGAUAUGUAUUGACUACACUGAUGCAUCUGAACUUAUUACAAAUCCACCACAUGACCAUUUGCUAUGGGCAGGAAUAUGUUCUAGAGACAGACUUGUGCAACUAGUCCUCUCAAUAAGCUGCUUGUACUUGUGCCCAGACAUAUGGCAGUGCCACCUGCAUUUGGCACAAGAUUGAAUAUCUGGCACAGGCUGAGAGUCCUGGAAGCCCUUGAGCUCCUCAUAUUCACUCCCCUUACAAGACGGGUGCAAGGUGAUAAACUGCUGCUUCUGCUGAAAGUGUCAGGAUGGGUGCAGCAAAGUGCAUUGUGGGUGGGGGGAAAAGAAAAGGGGCAAAUUACCCCAGCGUUCCACAUUUGUACCCACUUUAUACAUAAACCGUUUUAUAUGAAGGAACAAGUGCCGUCCAUUGGUUAAAUGAAGUUACAUUUAUUCUACAAGGACUACUUGAUUGUUUUAGUUUGUAAUAUUUUACAUUAGAAGUUAAAUUAGAUGGAACAUCCCUUCCAAGGCUCUUUUAUGAAAAUCAAGUCACAGUUUGACAAAUAAAAACUCUCUUUUUCCAUGUCACACAAUUUUGCCUGGGAGGGAGUUAUACUACUAAGGAUGCACCGAAUCCACUAUUUGGGAUUCGGCCGAGUACCUUAUUUGUUUAAGCAAAUUAGGAGCAGGAAAGGGGAACAAAUUCUUCUCUUGUGAUGAAAAGUCACAUGAUUUCCCUACCCACCCCCAAUUUACAUAUGCAAAUUCAGAUUUAGUUGGGCCUGGUACAAGAAUUCGCCCGAAUCCUGCUGAAAAAGGCCAAAUCUUGCCUGAAUCACAAACCGAAGUCUGGAUUCGGUGCAUCCCUAACUAUUAUACAAGAGGUCCCAUGAUUUCAGCCCAUCCUCCUUGUUUACUGUUUAAUAAGAUUCUAUUUAUUGUUCCGCGAUCAUUAUCCGUGCCAGUUCAUAUAAUAAUAAUAUAAUAGAGACACUUUCCAGCCUCUGUGUGUGUAUUGUUUGUAACUAUGUGUUGGGCUACUCUGUGAGCAGUAACACUGAUACGUUACAAGCAAAUAUUUUGUGCACCUCAAAUGAGUUGACCUUUUCCCUUCUCUUGUUCCUCUCUUAUAUUCUCAAUCUGUGCCUGCUUUUAUGAAUUUUUGAAUAGCGCUUUAUGUAUAAAUUGAAAUAUACAGAAUAGUUUGUUGUA